AGAGCGCUUUCAUUGAACUACUUGGGCAGCCAUAUUUGUUUACCUUAUUCACUUGCUAUAUACACACGGGGAGAGGAGCAAAAACUAUCGCCUAGGAAACGCAUUCGGCCAAACACCACAGGAAAGCUGUUCCCCUACUUUUAAGACAUUUGGACAGUUCCUAUAGAGUCUACAGUCCAUCUACCUAAUGCACAGCUGUACGUUGUGAGACUAAAUCCAUCAUACAACCCUGUUAUGGUUUACUAAACGUUUAGCUCCAUGCUAAUGUGAACACUAAAAGAGAUACUCCUUUAUGUAGAAAGGUUAGACACAUGUACCUGUCAGUAUGGUCGUGUCUGUUGAAGAGGUUUCUUCGUCGCUUGUGCGGGAAUAUCUCAGUCGAAAGGUGAGUAAAGUUCGCUUCAAAUGUCAAAAUAAGGUCUAUGUUGGGCUGACUCAACGGCGGCUAGCUGGGGUUAGCCCUUGUCUACCAAUGUGAACAGAUUUUUUGUCAGGUUAGAUGCCAGACCGAAAAUUAUUAUUGAUGUUAUUAUUGAUGCUACAAACUUAAAUGAUUUAGUCCUAAAGCUAGAUUUACUGCCACAACAGAAAACGACCGCUACAACCAACAAUUGUUAUUCAACUGUCUAACUUACACAAGCAUUUCAUUUAUGAAAACUGAUUUUUAUCACUCAUUACUAUUUCAUGAAAUAACAGCUUUAUCACAAUAAAUAGAAAAUCAGUGCUUACAGCUGACUGAGGGGUUAAUAAUGUAACCAACUGAAUACAGGAGGAUAUUGUUUAUCCACGAAGAAAAGGAGAGGAAAAUAGGGGAGAGUGGGGUAAGUUGAGCCACAGGGAAAGUUAAGCCACCCCCUGUUGCUUGGAAAUGGUAAAAGAAAUUGAUCAUGUGACCAAAUAUUUAGGAGAUGGGCAUCAAUUAAUGGAGUCUGUGGAGGUUAGAAGCACAUGGGUGAAGGGGUUAGACUAUUUACAAAAAAAAACAACAAUAACAAGAAUUAUUGUACCAGCUAAAUAGGGUAUAAUAGAUAAAAAUACACAUGAAUGUAAAGAAGUGACUGUUAUUUAGGGAGAGAGAAGGUGAGGGUGGGCUGGGGUGGAGAGUGGGGGGGGUAGUAGGGAUACAGCUCAACUUACCCCGCUCCUGUGGUUAACUUACUCCAUACACAGGGUAAGUUGACCAUAGGAGACCACUUUUUUUGGCAUGCUAUAUAUCAAGGCAAUUAUGUUUACACUCAUUCUGUUGGUUUGCAGGGAUGCACAACAUCUUAAAAUAUAUGCAGAUACACUAGUUAUAGACAAAACUAUGGUUGUCUUGAUGUAGUGAUCCGAAAUAUGAAAAAUGGCUCAUCUUACCCCACUCUCCCCUACAUGUAAAGCAAUCCCAACUACCUCAAAUAAUUCAAAGUAAUAUGCCAUAUUUUACAUGUACACCCCACUUUAAAAGAUGGUCAGUUUGUUUUUGGAUAGAUCAGUCUAGUUUUUGAACAGAAAACGUGGGGACUUUAAUUCAUUUUUCUUGUUUAUGAGAUGACACAGGAGGCACUUUGGGAAAAAAGUAUUUUUCUUUUACCUUUCUUGCCCUGUAGCUCCUAAAAUCAAAGAAAACACUUUUAAAAUUGUGUCUGCAAUUUAGCUUGUCCGUGAUUUUUUUCCACAAAAGGUUUAGAUUUAAACCAGACUCUUUUAUUUGCUGUUCAUUAGCGGUAGAAACUACUGAACAUUUAUAUUGUCACUGCUCACACACUUACUUGUUUUGGUCUAAUGUCUAAAGUUUGCUAUCUUUUAAAAACUGUGAUAUAACCUCAUUUACAUGCAACAGUAUAAUCUAUUAAACGGAUGAUUUAACUUCAAAUAUUUGUGAUUUGGUUUAUCUUGCAACUAUUAUGUGUAAAUAUCACAUUCAUACUUAGAAGUGGAAAAGUUAUAACCUCCCUUUCUUAGUAUCUGUCCAUAAUUUUUGCAGCUACUAUAAAUCAUUAACAUGUGUGUUCAAAAUGAAUAGAAAGACUGUAAAACUUAAAAACUCAAUAUCAAAAUCUUUUCUAUUUUGACAUUUCAUUCCUUGGUUUUUGUGCUUACUUAAGGAUUUUGUUUGUCUUUCAGUAACUGUGCCUUUCUUUUGUAUCAUUUUAACUUUUACUUCCAAAACAUCUUAGUGUCUAUGUUUGCAAAUUUCUGUAUUUUGAAAAAAGUUGAAAAAACAGUAUCAAAGUGAAAGUGUUGUUUUGUAUGUGUGGAUAAGUUACAACUGGGCAUCUACUGUAACAGGUCCGACAUAACUGUAUAUAACACUGCCAUCUGUAGGGUCUGAGGAAAACUAUUGCCUGUAUGGAUGAGGAGCAUCCCCGCACAGAGGCCAGCAUCAACAACAGAUCUCUUUUAAGGCAGAUUCUUAACAUAGAGGAUCUGUACAGGAAGAAUAAGGUAAACCUUACAGUCUGCAAACUUUUAGAGGAUAUUGCCAUGUUAUGGAUGACACAAGUAAAAAUAGAAGUAAUGUGAUUUCUCUGUCAUUGCAGCUUCAGAACUCCCCCCUGAAAACAUUACUGGAAAUAAUUGUAAAGGAUCACAUCAGGGACGUAAAAAGUGACAAAAUUACCAGCAAUGAUGAUGACCACAUGCAGCCUCCUCAGGCUUUUAGCUUGACUGCUGAUAAUUCUGCAGUAGAGAUGAGGGACACAAAGCCAGAAGAAGGCGUCACAGCUUUUGCUUCAGGCCAACAAAUCAAAUUAAGGUAUCUUCCAUUAGGAAUUUGUUGUGCCUAAUUUUCCAUUAUAUUUAUUGACUUUUAAAAAGUUGGUCUUAAAUCAUCAGUAACUUUCUCCUCUUACAGCUCUGGAGCAGAAGACAUUCCCCAGUCCCAGCCCACAUAUACAUCUUCAUUGCCCAAGGCGUUCAUACUAUCCAGUCAUACUUCAACAGGUUUCCAGACUUCUGAAUCAGAGGACAAAGAAAUCCUGCCACUGUUUUCCUCCCUCCCAGAAACAGAGAGCAGCACUAGAAAAGAACAGGAAAAAAAGACUACUGCUGAGAGCACCCAGAGGAUCAGAAAAAAUCGAAUGAGGCGUGGUAUGAUGGCCGGUCCAGUAGCCAGCACAGCUCAGGUACUGAACUUCUGAUGCACGUCUUUAAUGUUAUCAACCUAUGAUACUCCUAAUUGACUCUGUUUUAAUACCAGUGUUUUUCUCUCAAGGAAUUAAACAAAAAAAGGCAGAAUCGAAGACAAGAAGGGCCACAGCUGCUCAUCAGAAGAGAGGAGACAGAAGGGAAUGGUGCAUUUCAGACAAGCUUAGUGAGUGACCUCUCUGAAGUCAGCUCAGCUUACCCUGGAAAUGGGCUAAGAGAACUGCAAAGCACAUCAGAGAGAUCAGAGAGGUGUUUUGAAAACCCUGGACGAGAUGUGUUGGAGACUAAAAAGUAAAUAGCUUUAACCUGCUAAUACGACUAUGUAUGUGACAUCAUCACAGUUGUACACUUGAUUUUUUCCCACCAAGCUUUGAUUCAGUUUUUGUAAAUCCUGUUUGUUUCUUAGAGUAAGGUCUUUGCCCUGGACAGCUGUUGCUGAUUUGGACGUGUCUGAGAUGGUUUUAGGUUAGUGCUGUGAAAAUAGAAAAGUAAGCUGCAUUGACUGUCUUUAUUCCCAUGUGUUAAAGCUGACUGUGUGUUUUAUGAAAUUUCAGAUGAUAUUGAUGAUGAUGACAACAUGCGGGAACUCUCCAAAGUGUCCUUUCAGAGGACUGUCACAGAGCACAGUUUCACUGCCUGCCCCAUGGACCUGCACACUGCAAUGGUUUGUAGUUCAUGUGGUUGUUCCCUGACCAUUGUUAGGACGGUUUUUGCGAUUGUCUCUGAUUUUUCUUUGUUUUGAUGCUUUCCAGGAAUUAAAGUCAGUUCUUCUGGGUUCCAGUCUUAACUGUUUCAGUAUUGAGUGGAGGAAUCAGGGUUUCACAUUCUCAGAAACAUAUGACCUGAGAUAUGGAGUAGUGCAGAGAAAGGUCCACUUAACUUUACCAUCCAGCUAAAAUUCAUAAAGUCAGUAAACUCAUUUUCGUCUGAUUUCUUACAUUUUGGUGUUUUUCACUCUGUGUUUUUAUUUUCUAGGGUGGUCCCUGUGGAGUUCUGGCAUCAGUUCAAGCCUUUGUUAUAAAGAAGCUUCUGUUUGAAAACAGUAAAAGCAGCAAUGCUGGUCAUCAGUAAGUUAUCCCAUAAGUGACAGAUUUCCAUGUUUUGACCUCCUUAUGUCCUAUUGUAAUCCUCUGAAGACUUUUACAGGCAUUAGUUCACAUCAAAGUGUUUUGUGUAGCUUCUGUUGAGUGUUGUGGUAUUAACUGUUUGACGUGCUUUUGUGUGUAAAUGCCACUUUGUUUUCAGGAGGUUGAGACCUUCUAACACUACAAGAAGAAAGGGUCUCAUUUCGGCUGCAGCUGAAAUCCUGUGGAGGGCCGGUGACCAAAACCAAGCAAAACUUGCAAUGUAAUGCAAACUGUUUAAUCCACCACAACCACAUGUAUUUGGUAGCACAGAUACUAAAACAGUAUUUAACCUUGAGGAAUGCAUGUGAUAUGUGCCAAUAUCAUCUGAUUGACAUACACCACAGAAUACCUGAUCAAUCUGCUGGUUUGAGAGCAACAUUGAUUUGUACAGAUUGUAUAUUCUUUUUUUUGCCCAAUCAUGUCAAAACAGAAAUUCUGGGAGAAACCAUUUCACUCCAAGUGGAUGCUACAAAUCUGAAGGAGUGCUUGAAAAGGUAUGGACCUGAGCACUGUGAACGCCUGGUGAAAUUUGACUGGUCACAGACGUGACAACUUCAUGAAAUUCACUUGGAUAAAUCUGUGUGUGCUGUGUUUGUUAUUCUAAGAUCUUUUGUAUUUUACUAAACUGCUUUUAUUGUGACCAGAUUAUGUAAUUUUAUUUUAUCUUCAUUAUUUUUGGAGGAAACAUUCAAAGACAAUGACAUUAAACUGAUCGUAUCAUCAUGUAUCAUUAAAGAAAAGAAAUUCAAUCACAGAUUUUCACUUUUACUCCACGUACAGUUUGUACUUGUAUCCAUUAGGGACUUUAAUGUGCUUUGCUGUUAAAGUUUUUAACCAUUGCCUUUUCUUUUAGAUAACAUGUUACACACUUGAUAACUUCAAAGAUCUAUUGUUGCUUCUGGAGCAGCACAUAGAGCAGGUGAGGGACCAAAUACGAACUUCCCCGGUGUAAUUUUACUUGUAAAAUCUGCAGAAUUUACAGUCCUUUAAACUCUCAUCCUUCUGUCUCCCUCAGUUUGAGAUGGGGCCGUUAGGAUGCAUGCUGCUUACUAUAUCUGCUGUCCUCUCUCGAUCAGUUGAAAAGUACGUAAAACCUUUGUUAAGUUCUGAAACUAGACAAGUUGUGCAUUAUGAAAUAUGACUUGGCGAUUAAAUAAAACAUGAGCUUUAUUAUAUUUUUCUUUAUGUUUCAUCAGAGUAAGGGAGGAUAUGGAUGUGUCUACUACUUCACUCAUCGGAGCUCAUGGCUACUGCACUCAGGUUUAAUGUAAAAUCAAAAUCAUUCUUUGUGUCGUUUUUGUUUGUUUUUUUUUGUUUGCAAUUCAGUGUCAGUAUCCACAAAGGCUGAAGAGAUAAUGACAAGCUUAAGUCCACUGCUUUUAAAGUUAAUGUUAAAGGUUGUAUUUUAAAGUGCUGCCUCGAAGUCAGUGUGUUCAACAAAGCAGUCUCUGAGAAUAAUCCUUACUGCCACUCAUACAUAUUUCUCUGUAUAAUCUGUCUGUUUUUAAUUGUGUUCACCAGGAGCUGGUCAACCUGUUGAUCUAUGGCAGAGCUGUUUCUAACGUCUUUGACAAUGACAUGCAGUUGGACUCGGGCAACGGCAACAUAACUCUCCUCAAAGGCAUCAAAGGCCAUUGUGAUGUUGGUCUACUGUCCUUGUUUGAACAUUACAACAUCUGUAAGGUGAGUGACCGUGCUACCUGAGCAGAUAUUAGUGAGGUUCAAAUGAAGACACAACACCCCAGUGGACAUUUUUUAAAUUUAAUUUAAUUUAAUUUAUUUAUUUAAAGAUUUUUAUUUCUGGGCUCUUUGGCUUUUACUUGCCAGGACAGUGGGUAGAGCGGGAAACAGAGAGAGAGAGUGUGGAAAGGGCUGCACAUGUACAGUAUAUUGGCAUGUUUAGACUGCUAGGCCAGCAGCACCCCUCACUGGCCAUCCAUGACAGUAAUCACUGGGCAAAUGUAGCCCUCAGUGAUGUUUUCCAAAUAUAAUGGGACUAAAAUACCUGUGAAAACCUCUUUGCAUUCUAAAAAUAUCUGAAUUAAAACAAAGAAAUCAAGUUGGAUUUUAUUUGGAAAUCCCCUCAACCAAAUUUCAUUUUAAAGAGUUGCGUAAUUAUUCAAAUGUGUGACAUCCUGGCUAAUACUAUAAAAAAAGAAAGGGUUGCAAAGGUUGGUGCAGACUGUAAUGGUUUUUAGAGACAAACAACCUUGAGGAGGUUAGUGCAGGUUUUAAAAAACAGAGUUUCCUCAGCAUUUCUGAACACAUCUUCUCACCUCAGAGUUUUAGAUUUUUAUCCUUUUAUAUUCUUUCCCCAAGUUGAUUGUUUUUAUUUCCAGAGGAAAAGAUUAAAACGAAAGAUAAUUUUAUUUUGGGAGUCCAAAAUUGUUUUAUUGAAAGGCAAAAACGGAGUCCUGAACGAAUGCUCCACUUAAUAUGUUCAAGAAGUGCAUGUUUUAAUGUUCCUAAUAUAUUUGUAUCCAAACUAGUAUUAUUUAACCUCAGUCUCUGCCAUUUCAAGACAUACUCUAGACAACAAAUCAAUUAGGUGUGCAAAGUUUAGCCCACCCCAAAUCUUUCUAAAAAGAACUUUCAUAUACUCUGUGUCGUUAAAAAAUACCAUGCACACUUUCUCUUCUCUUCUCUUCUCUCUCUCAGUAAUUUGAUGAUUUAAGAUUUACUGCUACAGACUUUUUCCAGCCGUCUUCUGGGAAUAAUUUUUAAGUGGUUUCUUUUUUUUUUAACUUUAUCCUCAUUAUCUUUUGGUAAGAUUUUGCAAGCUUUUUAUUGCUGUCAGGAAUCAGGAGUCUAAUAAAAAGUCAGCCUCUGAUUUAUCUCCCUCAUGAAAUGCCACGAAACAACAUCUCAUUUGUAAAACUGAGCAGCGAGAUCUUUGGUCCAGGUCAUGCUGAAAAGGCUACAGUUCUAAAUCAGGUCAGCAUCUGUUUUAUUUAUUUAGUUUUAUUUGUGACAGCCAAGCAGUCUCAAAUUUCACCUGACCUAUUAAAGCGCAUUUCCUCAAUUCUCUAUGAUAAAAAUGUUUACAGUGUAUUUUUAGAGCUUUACAUAUGCAUUUGUAGUACAUAUGUUGUUUUAAAAUACUGCUUUAUACUUAAUCCUGCUAACAAACAAGUCUGAAGUAAAAAAAGCGAUUUGUAUCACCUGCAUGAAAGACUUCUAUGUACGUAUUUGGUAACUUUCUUUUUAAAAGUCCCUUUAGACUGAUUGCUAUUGUCACCACUUUGAUGUAUGCAUCAAGUUUAAGAGUGGAGAGAACAUUACCCAUUUUGCAGUUAAUGAUUUUGAAACAGGCGCUUUUUUUUCUUUGGAGAUUGGAGUGCAGUAAAUGACUUGUUACCAACAUAAUUUCUUGUUAUAUUUGAAGAUCUCAAAUUUAGAGAGUUGACUCUAAAUCAACAGUUUUAGUGUCAAAUGACAUAAAACAGAAGCUUCCUCAUUUUGCUCUCGACCUUUAAAUUUAUUGUUUCGCCUCGUGGAGACUGCCAGAUGCCUUCCUGAAAAAAAACGAGACACAUCUCUGCAGAUUAUAUCUGUGAGAGAGGAUUUUAAUCUUUCAAUUUUUACAGCUCAUAUUAGAUUAUUGUCUGUGUUAAGCAGCGACUUGAGUGUGUGUGAAACAUCUUUCCUUUUUGCAAUCAAGUUAUUGCUUAAUCUGUGACAGGUUUCCUGUUUCUAAUGCGUUUUUGUAUUUCAUUUGUUCAUCUAUCAGGUUUUUCUGCUUUUGGUCUUGAUGUUCUAUAUUUUAAUGUCUAUAUAACCUGGUUUGAUCCUUUGUAUUUACUGAGCCAAAGUUUAGAUUUGAGUCAUACUUACAUCAUUUUUUUUUAUCACAAAGUAGCCAUCUAAUCUGUUAUACUUACUGAUGUCAUUGUCUCAGUUAGAAACCUAGAAUUUCCUCCAGACUUCAUGAAUCAUUUUCUAUGUUGAUUGGCCACAGAACCAGCCUCUGCGUGCUUCCCCCAAGAUGCUUACAUUGUACUCUGUGUCUUUGCAUUAGAGUCUGGCUUUGGGUUCAGUAUCAGAUUUGCCUGUGGUGUCUAAGACAAGAUUUUGUUCCAAUCGGAUUAGUUUUUUAUUCCUGUUGCAUGAGUGCUUUCACUGACGUCCACAGGAAGUUUAAUGAGCGUGUUUCCUUGCUUUCAGGGAAAUCUCACUUAUUUUCCCAGUAUUUGGGGUUUUAAGGGAUGAGGGUUUGACCAUUGACCUUAUAUGUAAAACAACAUUUCUGAUUGUCUUGAGGAACAAAAUACAAAUAAUCAGUUAAAGGAGCAGACAUUAGGUCCAGAUUUGCCCUGAUGGUUAGUAUUAAUUUGAAAUUUAUUAGAAGUUCCAAGAUUUAUCCUCAAACUACUAUAAUUUAUAGGAACCAGGUACUUGACAUAUAGUCAUGGAUUAUAAACAGAGUGGUGUCUGUGAGCAUAGUCUGUAGUUUUUCCCUUCAUUUUGAUAACACUCUUAGACAAAGGCCUUGGAAAAAGCAAAGCACAAUGUUUUUCUUAUCUUUAACUUUUCUGUACAUCUUUCUUUUACUGUAAAACCCUCCAGAUUCAAAAUAUUCUACUUUAACCCUGCAACAACCACUGUGUUAGUUAGUUAGUUUAUUAAGGAUCCCCAUUAGUCUACACAGUAAAAACAUAAAAUGCCGUACAGCAUGAUCAUCAGUCCUAGAGUAAAGUAUACAAACGUAAAAAACACAAUUUACAUUAAUAGUAAAAUAAAAGAAAAAACAAAGAAAACCAAAAAACAGUCCAUCAGUCAAAAACGUAAUCAAAUUUGAUAUCUUUUCUGAUUAUUGCUACCUUAAGUCUCUUUUAUUUACUUGGUAUACCAAGAGGUAAGAACAGAUAAAGAUAAUGAAAAAGGUUUGAAUUUGAACUCUUUUGACUUUGGUAACAGGAGUUGCAAGUUAAGUUGGCAUCUUCAUAUCGUGAAGAGAGCGCACGAUAAAGACAACAGAGUUCCCUUCUGCACUUGCUCUGAUUUGAUUUGACUGAUGCUCUUGAUCAUUCCCUUUUUCCCUCAAUUUUUCUGUUCCCUCUAAGCAUUAAUCUACAAAUAAAAUCAAACAGUGAGGAAAUUUUAUCUUCAAACAACAACAACAACCAAAAAAGAUUGUGUUCAAUACAUGUAUGAAGUUUUUUUUUGUUUUGCUUUCCAAGGUGGGAACUUACCUGAAGACCCCCAAUUACCCCAUUUGGGUGGUGUGCAGUGAGAGCCACUUCAGUGUGCUGUUUGGCCUCCAGAGGGAGCUGUUGACCUAUCAGGACCAAGGUCUAGAGUUCGACCUGUACUAUUAUGAUGGCCUGGCCAACCAAAAUGAAGAAAUUCGCCUCACUGUGUGUAAGAAGCUUCAGUCGCCCCUCAGUCUCAGUACACGUCACUCUUAUUUUCUUGUUGAAGUCAUUCAUUAUUUCAGUAUCUCAUUAUCAGUUCAUCUCAGUGAGAGUGCUCAGAUAAAAUUUUAUGAAGGAGUUAUUUCUCUGAUUGCAAUUUUUUAACAUUUUCAUUGUUUCAUCUCAUUUCCUCUUACUGCACACAGUUGGUAUAUUUUUAGUGUCACAUGAAUUCUAUAUGUGCCUUAUCUUUAAAAAAGCAUCUUCUCUUUGUUUGUUCUUUAGCUCUCGGUAAAUUGGCUCAGAGUGAAAGUGGCCAAGAUGUUGACACUGACCUUAUUCCUCCUCUGGAGCUCUGUAUUCGGACAAGGUGAAGAUUUUUUUUCUUGCCAUGUUAAAUUCACAGACAUUCAUUCACAUUCUCUGUUAUGACAAAAGAUCCUGACAACCAACAAAAACGUGUUGUCAAGGAGUUUGAGUCAAAAGUUAAAGUGAAAGUUCUUUAUUUUUUGAAGUUUGUAUAUGAAUAUGUGAUAAGGAGUAUCUGUGGCUUAGUUAACUUAGAGUUUCUCAUGUUGUUAUAUUUCAGGUGGAAAGAUGCAGCUGUCAACUGGAAUGACACAGAGCCUAUUCUUUGACUGUUCACAUUACUAAAUAUUAUUUAAAUAAUGACAAGGAGCAGUGGUCAACAAUGAACGUCCUGUAUCACCAGUACAGGUAUCCGUAUGUUAUAAGUGCCCCAGUUAUUGUCUUAUAUUUUCUUACAUUCUGGCUUUAUCAUUUGCUUCUUGUAUUACAGGAAUGGAUUUUUCUGCCUUUUCUUAACAUGCCAUGAUGCUCUUGAUGUUUCAUAUCAUACAUAGUGCAACUAAAAUGGCCUGGGGUCCAAACAUUCAGAAGGUGUACAGUGUAAGCUAUCAAUAAUUUUGUCUAAAAAAAAGUUAUAUUGUUCUUCGCUUAUGAAAAUAAAUACAAUUGGAGAGAAACUGAUGAUAUAUUGGUGCAAGACACAUCACAGUGGCCUUUGACUUAUACUGAUAGAGUUUGUUGCACAUAAUUUUCCUUAUUGUUGUAGUUUGUUUCUUAUGAGAAGUUACAACUCCAGUUCCAAAGAAGUUUGGACUCUGUACGAAUGUCAUUCAAAUAAAGGUUGAUAGUCUGCAGAUUAUUCAAGCCCUUUAUUUAAUUAAAAAUAGAGUAAUGACAACAUUUUAACUGUGGAAACAGAAUAUUUUUGUUUUAUGAAAAAUUUACGGUCACUAUAAACAUGAAAAAGAAAAAGAUGUGGCAUGGAUGGCAGCAUAUGUUGCUUCAAAAUCUGUUAGCAUUAGUGGAGCCUUCACAGAUGUGCAAGUUAGCCGUGCCAUGGGCACUGACACACCCCCAGACCAUCACAGAUCCUGGCUUUUGAACUUUGACUUGAUAACAAUCUUGAUGGAAAAUCAUGUUUUCUGUCUAGACUGACGGUUCAGAGAUUAUUGAAAGCAUGAGGAUGUUUUUGCAGCAUGUGUGAAUAAAGAAGCUGUUUGCAUCCGAACACGUUUAUUAAACCUGUAUCACAGAUUUUUUUUUUUUUACUUAACUCUGCUUAUUAUUAAAAUAAGACAAACUCAAAGCUGUUUUUAAAAUGACUUGUAACUAUGUCUCAUUUCAGGUUAAAAAAUAAGCAAUCAAGCUGAAAGAUGCCUUGCAGUUAAUCAAUGCGUUUGGUAUUAACCAUGGCAGCGUCAGAGAGUACACAGUGUGGGGCACACAGAGGGGGUGGUAGGGAGACCAGUGCCAACACCUCCAGCACACGGGAUCAAAGAUACACAGCUGGCACAAAGACAGAGCUGCAGCAACUCAUUUCCUGUCAAAUUGUCUUAUUCUUCACAGAUCUGGGUCCAUUUUAAAUCUUGAAGUGCAGCAUGAGGGUCAACGUAUAUCUGAAUCCCCAGAGAAACAGAAGAGCGUCUUUGUUUUAUUAAAUCUGGUAAAGUCAGUGACAUUCCAAGAAUUUGGACUUUGGUGCUCGAGUUGUGCUGGAGAAGAAGAGCUCUCAAUGAUGACAAUGACUUCAUUAUUUUAUCCUAAUUGAGGCUGUGCUGUCUGAAUGUAUAUUAUUGGUGACUCAUGUAGGGAUUUAUGUUUCCUACAAAAGACAUAGGAAGAGCCAUGAAUUAAUCAUGAGACAUGGAGAAUCAAUGAGCCCUCUCCAACAUUUUUACAGCCAUCAAGGCUACUGCAGUCACUAUAAAUAAGGUGGUUAGCUUGUAUGAGGCCUUGGGGUCUAAGAAAUCGGAUUAAAGUGUUCACUUUUGCUAUAAAUUUUUUUUCUGAGGGAGUUUGUUAAACGUCAUAAGAGCCAUGUUUAGGUUUUAGAUUAUAUGCUGCUCCUGAUUUUUCCCUCAAUAGUUGGGGCUUGAAUCAUUUUGGUCAGUGCCAAAGGGCUUAUGAAUGAAAUAAAUUCUAUUAAAGACAGGAAAAGGGCCAAUUUAUUCCCUUACUGGUGAAUCAACUCAGAACUGAAGUCUGUGAGAGAUUUUUCUUAUGGUCCAGAUCAAAACCGGAUAAAAAAGUAUGACAUACAAAUUAAAAAAAGAGGAAGAAGUGUUCCUCAAAACAGAGCUGUGCUCUAAAUGGCAAUGAAGUUAUAGUUGAAACACUGGGGUGUUUCUUUUCUGUGCUGCAGAGCUGUGGUUCAGCAGGGCGCAGCCUGACAGGAAGGACUUGGCCCGGCUUUGGUCUCUAUUAACUAUUUAUCGCAGCAGCAUUUCUCAAAGGUAUCAGAGGAGGGAUUUGGUGCUUGUGUGUAAUUGUGUUAGAGCCCUCCCACAUGCUGUCCCUUGUGCAUCUUCUGUCUCCUCUCCUAAUCUGUGCUGUUUGUCUUUAGAUAAGUGAUAUCCUCCUCAGAUCAGGAUCCAGUGUCCCCAACCCUGCCCACCCGGAGGGAAAGGGAUCCCCGGUGCAUCCCCACGAGGUGCGAGCUUUAUUUUUAGCAGCCUAAUCCUUUUAUAGCCGGGGCAGAAAACGUCACUCUUUUCCAUUAAUUGUCCAAAAUAAUCUUGAUGUUAUUUACCAGAGAGGAAGUGUUUGGUUUUGCAAAGUUUUGCAAGCAUUAACUUCUUGUAAGACUUUCUGUUUGUGAGGAAGCUGUGAUUUAUGGAGGGCAGGCAUUCAUCCAUUUUAUGGCCACACAGAACAUACAUGUUGCUUGGAUUGAGAUAACUCUUAUAUCGCCUGGAUUUAAACAUCUUCAGGAGAAACAUUCUUUCACUGUAGCUUCAGUUCACAACCCUCUGAACCACCAGCUUCUGUGUAUGACUUUUUAACAAUCCUACAGCAGGUCAAACCUUGUUGAAUAAUGCAUGAUCCACAUUAAUAAACUCUUCCUGCUCUGUCCAUAGACAUGCUGGCGUGAGAACUGAGCCGUUGUGAUCUUUGGCUUAGCGUUUGUUUUCUUCAGAACCUUGUCUAUCAGCAUCUCUGUGGGCCUGGCUUAAUAUUUAUUUCACUACCCCAAAAAAACAGCAGACAAUCACUGUAACUCCUCCCUAGGCGCAUAUCUUACUACACAAUGAUACAACAUGACAGGAAGGAGAAUGUUUGAUCUUGCUUAUUUAGUUAGGAAUUUACCGCGCUGUGUUACUGUUAGGGGUAGGUAAUAUAAACCCCCAGCAGAAACACUCAAUGAUCCAGAAGAGUUCAGUUUAUCUUAUAUUAGAAGUUAUUUCUAGGAAAUAACAGCUUUGCUUUUUUAAUCUCUUCAUGUUCUCAUACAUGAUGUUUACUGUUUUCCAUAAACCAAGGCUUAUAGACAAAUAAGCAGGGUCACCAGAGAGAAACUACACACUUUUUAGUCCGGCAUAAAGAGAAGACACUGUAUGUUCACUGUGUGUCAGAUUUAAUCUACUGUACUCAAAAACUUGGCUGCUGCUCCAGGGCUAUAAUACCAGGCACACUUUAAUAAUCUGAUUACAUGGGUCGGUAGCGGGUUUGUGUCCCAAACUGCAUUUGUCAACUGCACAAAAACCCUUGUCACUGAUAUUUUCCAAGCCUUCUGAUUGGCAAAUGCUUGGUUUUUGAAGAUUGAUUUCAUUUAGAUUAUAGAUUAAAGCUACAGGAUUAAGUUAUCUUUCCAGAAAACUGAAAAACAGCCUUGCACAUGUGGAUACUUCGGAGUUAACUACCCUCUUUGUACCCUUAUCCAAAGUUUAUUUGGUUCUGUUGAACUUGAAUUGCUCAACAUCCUGUUGAGUAUAAGAGUCCAGGAUAUCUGACAGCUAUGAUGGAGUGUGUGACUGUCAGAGAUGCAAACAAGAAAAAUCCGCCUAUGAUUGUGCAAUGAACUCCAGUUAUUUGGGAAAUCGGUGAUUGUAACUUUUUUUUUGGAGGAGAAAGAACACCAGAAAGGUGCUGAAAAAAAAAAACUACUAUGGAAGUGCCAGGAACAACACCAAGUAAAGCAAAACAAGGUUCAAACCUGGCCGCAAACACUUCAUUUCUUUAGCAGUACACACUCACCACUCCAGCGCUUGUUUUUCAGUCACACUCAUCUUACGCUCAACCCCUACAUGGCCGAUCCAACUCUGGAUCGUAUUUGUUUUCUUCUUUUUCACCUCGUCUCCAAUAAUAGCAAAAUAUGCUGUGCUUCAAUAUUCUUUAUUGUUCAAUGCUACAGUGCAUCAUCACCACUGUAGUCAUUCCAUAUGUUCUCAUUGUCAGCUAUCACUCAAGUGCCAAAUAAAAUCUAAUGAGGACAAUGAAAGAACAUGACAAAUCAUUCAGACCCAUAUUGGGAGAGGAAUUCAUAGGUGAAGAGAGAAAAAAAUAAAAGCUUUCUUUCCAUUAGAUAUAAUUUUAAUAACUAAAAUAACCUGAUUUGGAAUGAUUGUGACAUUAUUAUAUACAUAACCUUUCAAUAAAUAGGUGUUUUUAAUAUUAAAUUAAUAUUUUUCAUACAAAUAUAUGAUACAUACAGGUACACUUAAACAAAAAGAAAACUCGUUCAAUGCUGACUAUUGGCAUUUUCAGAAAUGACAAGAAAAUAAAAACACUAAAAACACAACAAUGUUCAUAUGUCUGCUGUGGAUUUGAAGGCACUUCCUGAUCCCUCAUUCACUUUUGGGACCUGAAAUGAAAUGACAAAAUAAAUAUUAUUAGAAUUUAAUGUUUUCACUUUUUGCAGUUUUAUUCAGAUUUAUUUCAUAUCCUUCUUUCCACCAUUGGCAAAGACACAUCUUUGUGCGGAAGCCAAAAAGGGGUCAUUACUGACCUGACAUAACUGGCCUCCAUCGAUGUUAUGUCUCAGCUCAUUCAAAAGUGAUCAGGAAUAAUGAAUCACUUAAUAACCUAACUCAAAAAGCUCUUUGGUUGUGAUAUACCUUUGGCGUUUUUCUGAGAACUGUGCUGUCAGGAUCUUAUUAUCCGAUUCACUUGAGAAAAUGAAUACCUGAGAAUGUGUCAGCCGCUUUAGUUUGAUCAUCGGCUUAAGCCCUAUACCACGAAAAACUCAAAUGAACUAGCAUGGCCAUUUUUGCAGAUGAACUUUUGUAGCAAUCACUCACCACAUAGACUUAAUUGCGUUCAUUGCGAGCACAUGUUGGACUAGACGACAGUGAGCUAAUCCAAGCUGCUGUCAUCUAAGAUCAAAGUAACAAAAGGGUGUCUGUGACUUCAUCCAAAGUUAAAGUACUGACAACGGUCUCAGUUGGCCUGUGUCUUCAAAUGUUAGUUUUUUUUUUGUUUUUUUGUUUGUAUGCAAUUUCUUCACACUAUUUUGGGGUGCACCAUAUUAGUAGAAUGUUGUUAUAUAUGUUGAUAUUUGCCCUGCUGAGAGACAUCGGCCCAAUGGAGAAUUAUCUAUCAUGCAAAGAUGUCCGAAGCUGUUAUUUGUUCAUUGUUUAUCAAUGGAUUGCUCCUAUCAACAGUUUUGAUGGGUUUAAUAUUACUUUUCCACCAAAGGACUUUUUUUUAAACAGUUCUCUGAAAUCUUACAAUAAUGGAGUCCAUUGCUCUUUGUUCUAGCUCAUAGAUAGUUGCCGUUGUGAAACAGUAUCUAAGCUGUUCUACUAUAGCAACAUCAAAAAACAACACAGUGUAUUUUCUCAGGGGAAGGGGACCAGCGUUAUACAAUUGAUGAUGCUCAAAAUGUACCAUAAACAAACUAACAGCAUUUACAAAUUUCUUCUUAAACAAUAAUGCUCACUUACAAAGCUCUAGUUUUCUGUUUUAGGUCUUUUCCAACACAAGUUUUAAAGCAACAAAAGCUCAAAUGCAAAGUGGGCAGGUGGUUUGCAAAUUCCCUCCACUAGUGUGUCUCAUAUCAUAACCCUGAAUAACUCCAAAGUGAGGUUAAUGCUCUCCAGAUGUAAAGCGUGUUGAUUUUUUUAAACUUAUAUUUUCUUUUCUUUUUUUUGUUUUGUCUACAAAGUAACGUACAUACAAAAAUAGAACACAAGUUUUGGUGACAGUGAGCAAUAUUCCCUACAGUCUCCACAUAUCAUGAUCUGUUUUUUUUCAAGUGUUGUGAACAGCAUUUAAGUCCUUCCAUUUUCUCCAUUUGUGGGAGCUUAAUGUUGCUGGAGUCUUAUGUUUUUCAACAAAGUCCAGCCAAAUCUGACCUAAUAUUAAGUAGAGGACAAAUGAUAUUGUUCUGUUGAAAUGUGGUAAGAGAGGAGGUAGAAAAGCACUUACUUUGCAGGUAACAAUGAGAUGGAGCUUAAAUGCUAACAUAGCUGCUACCUGAUGAUAGCGAAAAGCUCGUUUAAGCUGUUGUACAACAGUAACUUAUAGGUUUCAAAGUAUGUUAUUUUUUAUGAAAUAUGGCCUUAUUUCCAAUCAGAGUUACUUUAUCUCGUAUUUUCAGUUGACAGUGAAUAAUAAGGCUGUAAAAUGACUACAAUUGAAUUUGGACGCUGGUUCCUGGAGCUCUAGUCUUUGCGGUUUUUUGAACAGAAACAUUCAUCAAAUGAUUCAAAUACUUGUUUCCUGUGUUAGCUUGACAAUAAGGCUUAAAUACUGCAAAAUAACUUCCUGAUUGUAAUGAAAUAGAUUUGUGUCUUUCUGCCAACCAGCACUAAGUUCAAAUGAAAUAUUUCAUUUGAAUUAAAUACCGAGUGCGUCUUUUUGACAGUUAAAUGCUUCAACAUGGACGACACCGAAGAAAAAUUUGUUUCAAGUAUACAAAUGUUGAACAGAUGCACAACAGGUGUUUUGCAUUAUAUAAGCUUUUGCUUCGCACCAGGCAUAUUGGCAGCAAAGAAAUAUAUUUUCCUCCAAUUAAUUACAAUAAUGUAAAUCCUUAAAAAAAUUGACAAGACAAGAGGAGCACUUACAUGCAUUUUCUAUGACUGCAUGCAGAGUGGACUCAUCGCUAAUCGUGUUAGCAACCUCGCACAUCUUUUGUAAUCUGUGAAUGAAAGAAGAAUCGGUGAGAAAAGAGGGCAUUAAUGUGUUAAAAUCACUCAUGUAGUUAGAGCCUGCUAAUGAAAGUUUCCUCUUUAUAUAGCUAUAGUCUGAAAAGAGCCAGGAAAUGAGGGUAGUAGAGAGAGGGGACAAAGGGUUGGGACUGAAAGUGGAACCAGCUACCGAUUUGACAAGGGCUGUAGCCUAAGUACACAGUGCAGACUUAAACUGCUGGCCAACUGGCUCCUCACAGACGCAUGUUUUAAUAACAGAAUCAGAGGAGUCCAAACAGCUGAAGUGACAAAUCUGUCUUUAAAUCACAAUACAGAUCAAGUUUUGUAAACCCAGACUAUACCACCUUCACAGUGUUUUAAAAAGAACAUAAAACAUAAUCAUUUCGAUCAAAGUGAGAAAGGUAAAUAUUCACUGCACUGUGAGCGACAUUAUGGUCAGUACUGACAUCAGAGGAGUCCCAACAUGUGAAUUUCUCAGUGGGUGUUAAAAGCUAAGUUCUAGUCUAACAGAAUCACUGGAUCUGUAAAUAUCACCGUCACUCAUGUUUGUUAAUCCUGUUUCUGAAUACAGUAUAAUGAGAAAUCCCCAGUGUCACAGUCCACAGGACACUCUGCAUCAUAUAAAUCCAACAAACAGUACAUGAAGCAUGUCUAUCAGCUGGCUGCUGUCUGUUUCUGCUCUCUGUGCAUAUCCAUCAUCUCCGGUUGAAACUAAACUUUCUAUCAAAACACUACAUUGAAUUAUUGCUUUUAUUCUGAGUUAAUGUUCAUUUGACCUCACAGUACAAAUAGACUCUGUCCACAGAAAAGGAGAUUCCAGCUAAACAGAUGUUUAUCUGCAGCAGGGAAGCAUCGUCUGGUAUCACUCUCUGACGCCAUCUUGACGUCAUCUUACUAAUUUCAAAAUGCGAACUCCCCAGAGGGGUCUUCUGCUGCCCGAAUGUACUUUAUUUUUCUAUGAUCCUUUUAAAAGUUUGAAAUCUUGGACAAACUCAAUAAUCAGAUAAGAAUACACAAAUCUUUGCUAGGAGUGCUUUUUAAUUAAAGAAAUAUAUAUAACCCUUUCAGGGCUUGGGGUGACAUCUUGUAUCGCUCUUAUACCAAAUCAGAGUGAAACAACUGAUCUAUAUAUUGUCUUGUAAUGGUAUCAAUUUGGAAGAAACUAUCAUUGUUGUAUAUGACCUUUUAUUUAGCUUGCCUUACAUUACAAAACAUUUCAACCUGCAUGCCAGGGUAUAAGAAACCUCCACAAAUUAGUCAGGGACUGAUCUACCAAUCAAAAUAGUUUACCAUAAUUAUAUUAACCUUAAAGUAAAUAUCUGAAAAUGCCCAUUAAGUGUCUGAUUAGUCAAUAAAUUCCCACAAUAAUAAUAAAUUCCACAUUAAAAUGCUGAAGUAAUGGGUAUUCUGAUUUUUGUUUGCAGUCUUAGUAUUUUAGUAUCUAACAACAAUAUAACUUUCUAUCCAUUUCAAGCACAGCUAACAAUUAGAUCUGAACUGUUGUUUUCUCAAGAUUCAUUUCAUUACCACUUCUCACACUGCUAAAUAUACAAACCCAAAGUCCAAUGAAGUUGGGAUGUUGGCAAAACAUGAGUACAACGAUCUGCAUAUCCUAUUCAACCCAUCCUCAAUUGAAUGCACAACAAAGAGAAGAUAUCUAAUAUUCAAACUGAUAAACUUUUUUUUUCAAAUGUAUUUACUCAUUUUGGAUUUGAUUCAACAUGCGUGGGCAGUGGAAACAAAAGAUGGGAAAAUUAAGGGUUGCUCCAAAAACACCAGUUUGAACCAUUCCACAGGGAAACCUGUUUAUUGGAAACAGGUGAGUAUCAUGAUUGGAUAUAAAAGGAGCAUCCUGAAAAGACUCAGUCGUUCACAAACAAGGAUGGGGUAAAGUUCACCACUUCGUGAGCAACUGCUUAAGCCAAUAGUCAAUGUACAAUUGCAGGAAUUUAGGGAUUUCAUCAUCUACAGUUCGUAAUAUCAUCAAAUUAUUCAGAGAAUCCAGAGAAAUCUUUUGAAUGUCUAUUGACAUUGAAUGUCUGUGACCUUCGAUCCCUCAGGAGGCACUGCAUUAAGAACCUACACCACUCUCUAAAGGACAUCACCACCUGGACACCACCACAGAUCUUCAUUACAUCUACAAGUGAGUAACUCUGCUAUGCAAAGCAAAAGCUAGGUAUCAACAACAGCCAGAAAUACUCCUCUAGGCCUGAGCUCAUCUGAGAUGGACUGACACAGAGUGGAAAAGUGUUCUGUGGUCUGACAUGUCCAUAUUUCAAAUAGUUUUUGGAAAUUAUAGACGUGGUGUCCUCCAGGCUAAAGAGGAAAAAAGAACCAUCCAGAUUAUCGUCAUCACAAAGUUCAAAGAAGCACAAAAUACCACAAUGAAGACCCCCGCUGUUAAAUGACUGAAGUUGUACAUGGGGCAAGAAUGGGAAAGACUUCACCUCCAAAGCUUCAACAAUUAGUGUCCUCAAUUUCCCAACGCUUACUGAGCGUUGUUGAGAGGAAAGGUGAUGUAACACAGCGGCAAACAUGACCCUGACCCAACUUUUUUUGGAUAUAUUUCAGCCAUUAAAUAAAAAUGAAUGAAUAUUAGAAAAAAAAAGGGGGUUUCUGUUUAACAUCAAAUAUCUUGUCUUUGUCGUACAUUUGAUUGAAUAUAGGUCAAAAAGGAUUUGCAAAUCACUGUAUUCUGUUUUUAUUUACGUUUUACACAGCACCUAAACUUCAUUGGACCAAAAGGAAGACUUGGCCAAAGGCCCCAGGUCAGUUUUAGUUUUAGCUCCAGAAAUUUCUUAAAAAUCAUCUCUAAUGUCAUUAGAUGAUAUCUGAUAGAUCAGCUUGACCAAAUGUAACUGAAAGCUCUCUGGUUGGCAGUAUUCUUUGGUAUUAUGAUUUUAAGUCUGCAUUUUUAGAGAGAAACAGAAGUAGCUUCUAUCACAGUGGUUACUAAUGUAGAGACAGAAAUGAGUAGUUUACGUUUGUCCUCUGAAUCUACUGAGUUGGAAGUGAACUGUUAUCAUGGCUGAACAUAGAACAGAUUGACGGCCGCUGAUUUGAUUUUUGGCCUCAGUCAUUUAUUCUUAAUUGUCACCCUCUCUCUUCUCCUUAUUCCCGGUUUCACCUACCGUUCUGUCCCCUAAAUAAAAGUGUAAAAUGUACUAAGAUCAUUCCAAACAAAUAUUGCUAAAUCCUGAUUGCUGAGUUGAAGUAUCAGACAUGAAUUGAGCCCAGCUUCAUAAAACCAGUAAACAUAGAAAAUAAGAAAAGAAAAAAGAAAAACAAAGGUAACUCUCUUGAUCAAAAUAGCCAACGUGUUGACACUCAAGCACCUGUUUCUCAUGCUUGGACAAAUCCCUCACAGUAAGAAGGUGAUUGAAAACAGAAGGUUUUCCACAUGUGUGUAAAGGGUUAAAACUUGCAAUGAUUAAGAAUGGCAUUAAAAACCUUGAGCAAAGGAUAGAAAAAGCAACAUUAGGGGGAAAAACAUACGUACAUGCUGGUCUUGAACAAUCCCUUGUGUUGUGAUAAAGUCUGUGAAAGUGUGUUCUGCACUCCGACGAGAACUUGACUGGUCCUGCUUAAUGAGAAAGGUGGAAUCAGGCAAGGAGGAAAAGAUUUCCAGUGCUUUUUAGAAAAAUUUCUCUUAUUCAUUUAGCCAGUGGGUAUGACCAAACUUUGUACAAAUAUCACAAAUUGAAAGUGAGCAGCACAUGGUCUGGGAGUCAGGGUUCAACAUGACUUAACACGGGAACUGAGUCUGUAAUUAUAAUCACCAUAGAGGUUUUUUUAACCAGCAUUUAAACUUGCAGAUUUUCACACCAAUAAUGAAGUCUACUCAUUGGUCCUGAGACGAAUAAUCAGCUUAACCUUGCGCUGCCUUCAACUUAAUUCUGUCGGCUUCAGACCAUGUGCUGUUUCCCCGCAGCCUGGCCCUUCAGCUAAGCCAACAACCCUCUUCUGACCCACAGCAGUACCAGUGUUCACAAAGCAUUCUAGGACUUAAUCAUACUGUACACUGAAGUAAUAAAUGAAAAGGAUUUUCUCAAGGUUACAGAUCUUGGAAUUAGUUGUCAACUAUCAUUUAAAUAACAUUUAUUACAUUUUUGGAAAGGACCAAUAAAAUGCCAACAAUGCUUUAUCUGAGCUCCUAUGAUGCUGUCUUUGAUGGGAUUUUUCUUACCUGUGAAAUGCUGAAUGAAUUUGCCUUUCAUGUCUACAUCUCUUGGGACAAUUUCUGAAAAAGAGAAACACUGUUAGCUCAUCAAUGGACAGUCACUUAUACAAAAUUAUACUUUCUAAAAGUAAGUCUGCAUGCUCAAUAUGACUGUUGUUGUCAAAAGUAUCAUUUCCAGCAAUUACAGCUUCACAUUAUCACUUCUUUCUGUGACUGAAUACUUUUUACAGCCCGUAUCUUGGUUAAUUUUAGUACUUUAUUAUCUAUAAUCAUGAUUCUAAUCUUAAUAUUUUUUCAAUGAAUCUUGUUCAUCAGCGGUGCAGCUAGUGUCUCAUUUCUGAGUUCACGUUAUUCUCUGGGGGAUCUGUCAGCUGGACUAUUUCAUACACAUACCCCUCUGCUCAUCCAUGUAGGUGUCUGAUGACACUUUGGCCAGACUAACAAGAUAAAGAGAUUAUUGUAUUUGAGCUUAAUGCUCAUCAAAAUAAGUCCAUGCAAGUCGUUGCAGUGCUAGGUUCAUACAUUAGCCCCCAGACCCAAGAGUCUGCUUGAACUGCAGAAGGAGAAUAAAAUCUGAAAUAGACUCAUGUUGACUAACGAUUAAAACACAUGUAUUUUACCACCUUGACAUGGUAUCAGAUGUGUUGAAGUCUGGAUGUAAAGAACACAAAUGGCAGUCUGGAGUAGGUAAAAUCAACUGAUAUAGCCCAAAAUUUAGGGUGCUGAUCAAAUCGUAUUACCAGUAUAGAUACAAGAAAAAAUUAUUUAAGCUGCCAGACUGAAGUCUAUUUCUUGUGCUGCACAACACUGUAGCUAAUGGAAGUAUAAAUCUUUUCCCCUCGGUCAUGUCCAGUGACAUAGUAUUGGUAUUUCAGAUGCAUACUGAGAAAUACAAAGCUCACACACAAGCAUGCUUACAGAUGUUCCUCUCUUCCUCAUCAUUCCAAAAAUCUAUCCUUGCGUGACCAUGGAUCUUUGGUAGCUUCACAUGCACCAGUUGCUAAUAUGCUGCUUUUAAUAACCUCUGAAGAUAAAUUCCACCCAACCAGUGGUCUGAGAAAAGGUACUUUUCCAAUUGCAUAAGCUCAAGCCAAGACUUUGAGCUUUGUAAGGCCUGUGUAACCUCUCGAAAAUAUGAUCUAAUUGAUAGAGAAGUUGAUGAGUACCAUUUCAAUGGGUAGAUAAACAACAUACUCUGCUCUAAUGGCACUUAACUGACAACAGAGGCUUGGAUCAAGACACUUUGAGUUACAACAGUGCUACUUCACAUAAGGAGCAGGAUUUUCUGGGUAGUCUGGUUAGGGCCACACUUCUUUGAUCCUCUCUUAUUUGAAAAAGUAUUAAAGACAAGUAAAGUUUGUUCUGUGUUAUAUUUUAAUUUAACUUCCAUUAUUAUGUAAUACUUUUGCUAAAGUGAAUACAAGCACAUUUUCAUCAAUCAAGUCCUCAUUCCCUACAGAGGAAAUGAUCAUUUUGAGUAAGAAUGAUGACUUGUUUUGGUUGGAUAAAGGUUCUUCAUCCAGGGUUACAACCUUUAUAAUACGCACCAAAGGAGCACGUUUCCUGAAUUUCAUAACUACAACGUAAAAGACUGACUAACAGUGAAUCCAAUGGACAGCUGCAAAUUACCGUACUGUAAUACAACACAGCCAGUCUUUUCUGAUAUGCAAUUUAUAGAGAUGCUCUCUAGACUGUAUUGUGUGCACCAGAGCGAAUAGCAGCCAUCAUUCAUGCUCCACAACAGAUCAAAUUGAAUGAGUUAUUCAUAAAUUUGGCAUGACACUCCUCCUAAAUUAAUUUGUAGAACCUUUCCACAUCUCUAUCCAUCAGUCUGUCACCGUUUGGAUAAGGGAGUGACAGCGUGUGUCAAAGAAGCAGAAACAGACAGGGAAUAAAUAUACCAGAUUUUGUAACGGUAAAACAGCCUGUUUUUGUGCACAAAUGAAACACAUUACAUGCUUCAAAGAAACCACUUCAUAGUCAGUCACUUGAGUAGAAACAGGUAAAUAUGUUGAACCUUGUCUUUCAAGUUUGCCUGAACAGACAUCCUAAUUCUCUCCUCUAUAUAACUUAGACAUCAUGCAGACUUGUUCCAUUCAGCCAAACUAAAUAACGCUCAUACAUAAGGUGUGCAGCUCAUACCAGACUGAUGACAGCUGUCUCACCCAGAGAAAUGAGGAUUAUGCUUUCAUGAUCGUGACCUAAAAAUAAAUCUUAUCAGCUUACCUAUGAGUCUACUGUUAUCCAGCCUAGGAACAUAGAAAGGCUUUUCCCUGGAGGAGAACUUCAUGUCUUGGGCUGAGGAGAAGAGUCCACUGCUACAGCGCCUGGAGACACCUUUGUCCCGGUGCUGGUGCUGGCUGUCUCUGAUAACCUGUAAGAUUAGAUCCAACAGGGUCCUUCUUUCUUUCUGCUUCACAUCCUUGCUGUCCAUGCACUGGCCUGAGGUGAUGAGCAGAAAGAAGAUAGACAACAAUAUGUGCCAUUUCCUCUCCACCUGCAUGACUUCACUGUCUGAAAACAGAAGAAAACACAUUUGGUUACACAUGAGUUAGUAUUUCAUGGAAUUCUUAAAAACCAUAAAGAUAGUUGGCACAACACCAAAUUGUGUUAAAGUUGAUAUUUGUAAAAUCCAUCAUGUUCAAAAAAAAUUACUGAAGAAGCUGUCCCUGUCAGAAAACAAAGACCCCUAAAGAGUGAAAUCGUUCGUUCGAAAUAAAGUGGUGCACCCAUUUUACGCAUCAGCAGUAAUUCCUCAAGUUAAAUGAAGGGCUAGAAAUACUGGUCAAAAUACCCACACUUACUAUUUUAGGGGCUGAACAAGCUUAUGUCCUGAUGUGGACAGUUUUCUUCAAUAAAUUCUUCCAGGCGUUGUCUGUGGUCCCGGGAGGAGAGAGAGAACAGCCAGAAGAUUGUGCUCACCACCGCCUUUCUUCAAAUAAUGCGUCCGUAUUUAUACGAGGAGCCACUUUCUUGAAGGUAAUACAAUCGAUUUCGAGUGGGUGGUAAAGCAAUGUUGACA